AUGGAUGUAAAACUGAAAAAUCAUGAAUUCUGGUACAGUCUCCAUGGCCAGGUCCCAGGGCUGCUGGACUGGGACAUGGGGAAUGAGUUCUUCCUUCCCAUCACCACAGACCAAUACCCCAUUUCUCAGCAGUACCUUGCCAAAUACGUACCCAGAAUAGUGGAGCCCCCAAAGAUGCCUCAAGUGAGAAGACCCAAUCCCAACAAAGAUGAUCCUGACUCUGAAGCCAACCUCUGGAUGUGGGUGAAUCCCAAAAUCGUGUGCCCCCUUGCCUGCCAGAAGGCCCCAAAACCCCGUAAGAAGAUUAAUCUGACAAGCAUGCUUCUUUUCCCUCAGCCACUCCCAAAAGAUAAAGAAUCUAAGCUGUAGUGAUAGGAGUCCCUGCCAUCUUCCUCCAGUGAGCAGUCUCCACAAAAGCAAUUUCCCUCAUCUCCCAGCAAUUGGGAACUCACAAAAGAGGAGACUGAGGAAAAAGAUGACAACUCCUCUGUGGCCCUCCAAUCCACUAACAAAGGGGAGUGCUUCCAGAGCUCAAAGCUGUGGCAAGGCAACUGUCAGGAGAGGAAGUAGGCUCCGCCCCCUCUCAAUUACAGUCAUCUAACUGCUCUGGCAAUAAGAAACAGAACCUCCAACCUCCCACCCCAUGGCCUCAAUGUGCAAGAAAGCUACAGUAUCACCCGACAACAUUUACCUUUAUUCCAGACAGCUCCAAAUAGCUAAAAGAACACAAUCUGCUAUAACUUCUACUUCCUGGGAAGCUUUGAGAAGAUGCUGAUCAGCCUUCUGGAUGAAGUUAAUGCAAGGCCACAGUCUGGCUUCUAGAGACUUACUGAGGAUGGACAUUGCUGCUUUCAGAAGGAGACUAACCUUAGCUCCAUUCAUAGGGAGAUGAUCCGAUCCUGCUCAAGCCAGCCAGAUGUGAUGACCUCUCCUUUGACCUCUGAAAUACCACUGCUCCCUUUCUGGAACACUGCCCUCCUUACUGGGCCUACCCUGCCUGCUAAACAUGGCCAAGCAAACAUCAAACCCGUAGCAGUGUCCACUGCUGUGAACGUGUACCCAGCAUUGCGGGCCUUAGGCUCGGGAACAGCGAGCGAGCUGAGGCGUUCACCGCUUAGUGCCUACGGCACGCACGGGUCUGCUCUUUCGGCCACCUCCGCCUUCGUUGUCCCCACCUCUUUGCGGGUGAAGUCACCUUUGGGUUUCGAGACCUUGGGUCCUGAGGCCCAAACUCGAGACAAAAUCCCCACCCCCACACCUCUUAACCUCUCUUCCUUUGCACCACCGUGUCACUUAGCUUUUGAGUUGGCCGGCUAG